UGUGGGAGAAAUAUUUGCAUCCGUCGGUCCAUUCCUUCACACGCUCCGCUAUUCUUUUAGCAGGGACGUCCUGUUAAUUUCCCCCGGUAGACUAAAGGGGAUAGGAAAUCGGCAGCUUUCUCGCGCUCCCUCUGCCAUUUUGAGAAAAACCUGUCGGGCUUGCAUAUUGGGAUUUAUGCUGUUUUAACUGAAAAUAAGAAUCAUGUCCUGAUUGUUGUUCAUUCUGGAUUUGUGGAGAACCUUUUCAGCAGGGAAGGCCUCUGUGGUGGAGUCUGAGGAUAACGUCAACAACAGAACCAGGAAGUACUGACUUGAACCUGGAUGCCAAAAAACCACAGCCAUGUGCUCCAUGAACAAUCCAAACUGGGUGACCUUCGAGGAUGAGUGUACUACAUCUACGUCCCCUUCUUUUGCCUCAACACCCCUGAAGAUCCCAGGGAGUGGGACAAAGUUGGCCUUAACACCACUGAAGUCACCAGGGGCAAAGAUAGGGUCACCCCCUUCCUAUGCCUCUACAGCCCUGAAGACACACCCAGGUAGUGUGACAACGACAGGGUUAAAGACAGUCCCCCGUCCCAAUGGCCUAAAGCUGGUACUGCCCCCAUUGGGAGAUCCAUCCUGGAGCUUCAGCAGUUCCCUUGAAUUCAGCUCCCCUCCAAUGCAUUUUAACAUCAAUGGAAGUUCCUGUGUGCCCUACAACACUCCUCUCUGCACGCCGGUAAUGGAGGCUCCUCCUAGCAGUGCAUUACCUUUCCAUUGCAGGUCCUGGGAUCAGCACGACUUCUUCCGUAGUUUCUCUAGUUCUGCCUCUGCCACCAUGCAUUCUUCUUCUCCCCCAGGCCUAGACCAGGCCACCCACACAGGCACCACCCCACAUCCCCAGAGUGACGUCUCUGUCUCCGAUGGCCCCGGUCCCUUCCCCUCCUUCCAGGGGGACCCGGGGCAUUUCAACCCAUUCUGGGAGGGGGCUGGUGGGCAUAGCAUGGACUCUGGGAGCUCCUCUUCCGACUCUGAGGGUGGAGGUUCUAGUCUGCCUCGCUUCUUCAUCCAGCCGAAAGACAGCAACGAUCCUCCUCGACCAGACCACCUCCAGAGCUCCUACUCCUACAUCUGCCACAAGCUGGAGGGCCUGCGGGCCGAGGAAGACAAUGACACAGAGGAAGGAGUAGGGAUGGAUAGAGGGGGGAGGAGAGGAGUAAGAGACAAGGAGGACGUCAGGGAGGGACCAUCAGCAGCCUUUGUCUCUCACAGUCUGUUCCGUAGUGAGAAGAGAGACGGCUGGUCUUUAAUGCUGAGGAUCCCAGAGAAGAAAAACCGAAUGUCGUCCCGACAGUGGGGCCCCAUUUACCUGCGUCUGCUGUCUGGAGGGGUGCUCCAGAUGUACUAUGAGAAAGGACUGGAGAAGCCCUUCAAAGAGUUCCAGCUGCAGCCUCACUGCAGGUUGUCAGAUCUCAAGCUGGAGAGCAACGGAGAGCCUCGCAAGAUCCAGACAGUGAAGGUGGAGCACGUGUCUUACACAGAGAAGAAGCGCUACAACCACAAGCUGGAGGUGUCCCACGAGGCUGAGGUGGAGCAGCUGCUGAAAUUUGGAACCACGGAAUACGGCGACAUGGAGGAUCUGUUAGAGACCAUAGAGGAGGAGAUUCUUAGGCUGACUCCGCCCCUGUCACAAAAACGGCACUACGAGGAACAGGAGAUGACACUGCAGAUCACAGACCACCUCUGGGUGCAGCUGGACAAGAACGGUGUGGUGAUGGAUCGGGCAGCCAUGACAAGGAUCCACUGCCUGGCGUUCCUCAACGGACCAGGGGAGUGUUUCCUGGCUCUCAACGAUCUAGGGCUCCUCCGCUUCGACGCCAGCUACGGCUCUGGCUCUGAGGAGGAUGACCUCCUUGAGGGCUGGAUGGAGAUCAGUGACUGCCACUUCCACAAGUGCAUCAAUGACUUGGAGUUCCACAGGUCCCGGCUGCUCAAGUUCUCUCCUCCGGACGCCUGUAGAGUAGAACUGAUGCGCUACAAGACGUUAGCCCUGGGAAGUACUAACCUACCGUUCUCCGUCAAAGCUGUGGUGACUGUCCAAGGGGCCUACGUGGAACUCCAAGCCUUUCUCAACAUGUCAGCCGCCUUCCCGUCAUUUACCGGAGUGUCGGAGACUGAGCCGCUCUGCGAGAACGUUCUGAUCCGUUUCCCGGUACCGGCGGACUGGGUGAAGGUGUCACGUACUGUGACGUUGCUACGACGGAAAUCCCUGACGGCCAGGAUAAACCGGAACACGUGUCUGGGGACAGUCAGUGCUGUUGAAUCACAGCCGGUCAUGCAGGUUACCGUGGGGACAGUCAAGUAUGAGAAUGUGUACUCGGCCAUGGUGUGGAGGAUCGACAGACUGCCUGCUAAGAACAUGGCAGUAGAAAAUCCCCAUACCUUCUCCUGUAAAUUAGAGCUUGGUUCAGAUCAGGAGAUCCCCACUGACUGGUAUCCGUUUGUCACGAUGGAGUGUGAGAUGGUGGGGGCCGUGGUCUCACAGACCAGAGUGACGUCACUGGGCACAGACAGUGACGUUCAGCCUCAGAAACAUGUCACCGGUAGGACCCACUAUCAUUGUCAGCCGAAGCUCUACCUGUCCAUCAUAGAUGAUGUGAUUGAGAGUAUGCGGGAGGUGUUUCUGGAUGAAGGACUGGAAGACCGUGUCCUUGAUGACCUGAGACAGCUCUGGGAGGCAAAGAUUCUGCAGUCCAAAGCAGUGGAUGGCUUGGCCCUCGUGAAGAACACCAUCAACUCAUCCAACUUUGUGCUGCAGCUCCCUCCAAACUAUGGACAGAGUUUUACAAAACCUGCAGCCUCUAUGGUGAUCCCUGCCGGUCAACACGUCCAGAGUUUCACUGCUAAGAACAACGGUGGGACUCUGGCCACCUUCUCUCUUCCUCCCGGGAUGACCUACCCAGUCCAGAUCCCUGCAGGGGUCACACUGCAGACGGCCUCUGGCCAGCUUUAUAAGGUCAAUGUCCCAGUGAUGGUGACCCAGGCUCCAGCCGGUCAUCGCCAUCUCCCCCAGGCCCAACCCAGGCAAGGGUUACCUGUAGUGGAGUGGAGAGAUCCCAGCUCAGCUUCCCAGCAGUCAGCCACAGUGGUCCCUUCUACUGUCCUAAAGACCAUGGCCCUUCCGAAGACCGAACCUUUUUCCCCACAGCCUGUGGCUCCUCCCAGAGCUGAUCCUCAGACCACAGAGCAGAGGAGCCUGAUUCCUCCGGUCCAGCCACCUAAUGAGAAGCCUUUGCUACCCCAACCUGUGGUCCAGCCCCCAGUUCAGGAGAAUAAUCUCAUUCAGCAGCCACAGGUUCCUUCAGCUCAGGCAACCUUUUCUGGUCAGACUCCAGUGUCCUUCCAGCCCCCAGCCCAAGCGCCAUCUCGCCCCCCAGAGAGUCCCUUCGACAGUGGUGAUUUCACUCUGGAUGGGAUUGAUUUUGACAGUCCACAGCCACUAGACAUGAGCCUGUCCUCCGGCUCCGCCCACAUGCCAAGCCUUCAGGUCAAGAUGGAGACGACCCUGUCUGAAGGGUCAGGGUUUAUGGGUCAGGGGUCAGCGUUCGAGGCCAGCGAGAUGGUGAAACAGGAGGAUCAUGUAGGAGCGGUGGCUGAUAUGACAACCCACCUGGAGGGUCUACCUGUGGAUGCUACCAAGCUGGAGAUGGCCCUGUUGAAAGACUACAACUACAAUGAUGCUCUGGCAGACAUCAUCCAGCUGGAUGGGCCUGCAGACAGCAGCUCUGAUGUGGAGGAGGUGGAGGAGUUGGAAGGAGGUGCGAUGGGAGAAAAUGAGUUCCUAGGCAUGAUGACUGUGGAGGCUCUCCAGGCCCUACAGGAGGUAGAUGGCAGCAGUGAUGAUGGCAUCUCCAGCUCCAGUGGUGACAGUGUGGGGAUGGAUGAAAUCACAGUGGAAGAGGAUCCUUUAAACUCUGGGGAUGACGUGAGUGAGCAGGACAUUCCUGAUCUCUUUGACACUGACAAUGUGAUAGUGUGUCAGUAUGAUAAGAUUCACCGCAGUAAGAACCGGUGGAAGUUCUAUCUGAAGGAUGGGGUGAUGUGUUAUGGAGGAAAGGACUAUGUCUUCUCUAAGGCUGUCGGCGAGGCAGAGUGGUGACUGGGUUUAUGUUAUGUUCCAAUGUCCACACUAGAAUAGUUCACUGAGGCGAAGAGGGGUUCUGUAAAAUACCUCUUGGGAUGCAAUGAUAGUACAUUCUAAGUAGCAUACUAGUGUGAAUAUUGGAACAGAACCUUGGUCUGUAUUUCACCCAUGUGGAUACAGCCUUGACUUAGUCUUAAAUGUGUCCAACGAGGCGCAUAAAACAUGAAUAAUAUCAUUUGAAGUUAAUGGAGAAAACCACAGUUGUUCAGUGAGCUAGAAAAUACAAGCAUCUAUGCAGUUCUAAUCUGAAGAAAAAUGUCUGGACGAGUAAUGUGUCCGUCCCACACGGCAACCUGUUCCUUAUAUAGUGCACUACUUUUCACCAGCCACCACAAUGCACUAAGGGCUUUUUGAGUUGUUAAUUUUGUUUCUGUAACUAUUUAUUUAUAUUUUUGUAUUUGUUGUGUAAUGCCAUUAAAGGCGCACUAAGUUGGUCCAAACGCAGAGUAGUCAUUUUCAAUAGUGCUCUCUUUAUUGUUUAUAUGUACCAAAUUCAUUCAUGGUAUGGUUGCCUGGUCGGAAAUGUAAAUUCAAAUACCUUAUUCUGUUUUCACUGACAAUGCAAGCAUUAAUAUGAACCCUGCUGUUGUUUAGUAUUUGAAGGUGAAUGUACAUAUAGAGUAGGAAAAAUGUCACUUCAUAGCUAUUUUCCCAUCCAAUUAGCAACAGAUUUUCAUGUGAAGAUUCAAAAAUCCUCUUUAUGAAAUAUGCACAUUUACCCACCAAUGGGGUUUCCACCACUAUGAUUUGUUGCGGAUAAUAAUCAGUGCGUGAUGACAGU